AUGCCCUUACUGAAGUGCUGUUUCAUCUUCUGCCUCUGUCUUGGUGCUGUGUGGGCGGACAGCCUUGAAGCCUUCGUGGGACAAGACGUUACAAUAACAUGUAACUAUGACGCUAAAUAUUAUGGGAAACUGGCUGUUUGUUGGGGCAAAGGCGCCAUCCCGAACAGAGGCUGUGCCAGUGAGGUGAUCAGGACAGAUGGAACCGUGAUGACCAGCAGAGCGUCCGAAAGAUACAUCCUGUUUGGGAAUUUAGAAGAAGGGGAUGUGUCUCUGACUAUAAGACAACUGCAGGAGACGGAUUCCGGGACGUAUGGCUGCCGCGUGGACAUCCCAGGAUGGUUCAACGACCACAAACACGAGACGCUUCUGAACGUAGUACCAGCUCAUCCAAACGCCCCAAAGGUGGAGCCCCGGGAGGUGAGAGAGGAGGCCAUCACAGUUCGCUGGACCCCUGUGUUUGACGGCGGUCGGCCCAUAUUGUUCUACAGGAUUGAUCUGAAAAACAAGCAGGCUCCCUGGGACAACGCGAUAAAAACAGAGUUGCAUGACCCCAGUCUGACCCAGGUCACUCUGGUGGAUCUGCGUCCAGCAAAAACCUACAACCUGCGGAUGUUUGCCGUCAACAGUGUGGGCAUCAGCGAACCCAGCAACGUGCUCAGUGUGACGACUAAAGAAGCAGCUCCUCAGGGCCCUCCGUUAGACAUGCAGCUGGAGGCCCUCUCGUCGCGCAGCAUCAAAGUCUCAUGGAAGGCGCCAAUGCCAGACCUGCGGAAUGGCGUCUUGAGGAGCUACAGGAUUAGCUAUAGAGAGUAUGACGGACAGUUCAGGGGAUGGCAGUAUGCGAGUGCCGGUGCAGCGUGGGAGUCCCAGACCUACAUCCUCUCCAACCUCAAACCAUCCACCAAGUACUCCAUCAUGGUGCAGGCUCGGACCCACGGAGGCAUCGGGCCGCCGUCCACUGCGCCCCUGUGCUCCACCCUGCCAGAAGACCAGACCACUAAAGCUCCAACAGUUUCCCCAACUAUGACAAACAGGACUGAUAACUCUUCAGCUGAUGUAACGACAACAGUGAAGACUCUGAGGACCACUGCUGCCUUUGCCACGGUCUGGGCCUCAGCUUCUCCAUCUUUCAACUUAGGGGCGCCUGAACCUCCUACAAUUGAACUGAAAAGUGUGAAAGACGGUGUGAUUUCUCUUGUGUGGAGCCCUGGCUUACAAGGAUCCAGCUCUAUUACUGGCUUUUACCUGGAGUAUAAAUCUAUCAAUGCAUCAUGGAACCACAGGAAGACCGUGGAUUUCAGCUGCAAUCAAACAGAGGCCACCAUCAUCGAGAUUAAACCCUCCUCGUACAACAUCCGAAUGUUUGCUCGAAAUAUCUUUGGCAAAAGCAAAGCCAGCAAUGUCCUCACACUCACGGUGGAAGAAAAAGGUCAACAAAAGGACAUGUCAGCAACUACUCUCUACCCAGACACUCGCGCAAUGAGUGCGGAGGAUAGCGGCAGUGGACACGUUGCUGCCAUUUUGGUUCCUCUGCUGCUGGUGCUGACACUUAUGGCUGCUUUAGGAACAUGGCAAAUAAGACGGAUCAGGCAGAAAAAUGGCACGCUAAGCAUGUGGCUUGGCAAUGGAGCGCUGCAUUACAGAGGAGCUGGCAGAGUGCGCCAAAGCCCCACGCCUGACUCCAGCCUCUGCUGUCGCUGCUCUGAGCUCCCGUGGGCUCUUGUGGGCUCCUGGGGGCUCCCAGCUGCAGAUCCCUCCAUCUGUCCCCUGAACGGCUCCAUAAGAAGGAACAUAGAGAAGAUCUGUGUAUAUUAG